AUGUUGUUUUAAUAAACAUGGAUGGAUUUAAAAGAAUCUAUGAAUACUUCCUAUUACACCAGUUUUAUUUAUCUCUCUAUUGGAGCUAUAUUAAAUACUUCUCCGCUUUUGGAAAUGUAUUACCUAUUUCUUAAAUAGAUAUCUAAAAAUUUCUGAUAAGAACAACUAUUAACAAAAUUAGCUUUACUUAAUAUUGGACUCCUUAAAUGUUGGCAAGUAUUUAUUAAAAUCCUCAAUACUACAUUCAAUUUAUAUUCUAAUUAUAUUUGCUUUUAAUAUAUUUAUUGUCAUUUUGUUUAUCAUCUUGUAUUACAUAAAGAAAAAAAAUACUAAGACUAAUGUUGCAUUUACUAUUUAUGGCUAAGUAAUUUAUGAAAAAUAAUUAUAUAGAUAAUUGGAUAUUUCAUAUAACCUUAUUUUUGGUCAAUUAAUGGAUUUUUAUUAUAAAUCUAAAAUACUUAUUUGGAAUAAAUACAAAAUUUAGCUUUUAUUAUUCUUGAUUGUAUUGCAAUCCUUUUAUAACUAUUAUUUUUAAUAAUCCUUAUACUUUUUCUGCAUUAUGACCAUUCAUAAAAAAAAAACUUUUUAAAAAUAAAUUCCCCGAAAACUUUACUAUUUUAUAUUAUAACAAUAUAUUUUAGUAGUUGUUUAGAGUUGUUUAUAAAUUCUAGCAGUAAAUUGAGUGUAAUUAUCAAUUUUAUUAAAAGAUAGCAUUUCCUAUAGUAUUGGCUUUCUUAUUUUUAAUACUUUUUGUAUAAAUGCAUUAGGAUUUACCUGUUUUCUCAAAUAAAUAUUUAAACAAUUAUUUUUAGAUUAUCAUUAGUAUGUAAUUCACGCUUGCUUUAAAUUUGUUAAUAUCAUACUUUAUCAACUUAUUUGAGGAUCGUUAUUGCAUGUAGGUUCUAUUAACAUUUAUACUUUUGAUUAAAUUGAAUUCAAAAAUAAGAUAAUAUCUAAUAUUAAGUUCAAUCACUAAUUAUAGUAUUACAAAAAUGAUAGAUUAAAGAACAAUAGUAUAUUUGAAAUAAGAUCCAUAAAAUAUAUUUUUGUUAAGAGGCAUUAUCCAUCUUCAUCAAUCUUUGUGUGUAAAUAUAAAUUGCUUUUAUCGUUUAAAAACUAUAUAUAAGAUAAGUUCAAAAGGAAAUAAAAAAAUAUAUAUUAAUAGAGAUGCAAUCUAUGAAAAUAUUGGUAGAAUUUCUACUUUUUUCUUAAAAUGUACAUAUGAAAAUGCAUAAAUUAAAACAUAGGAUUAAAAUAUUAAGAUUCUUUUAAUUGAGUUAUUGUGUUAUAAAUUAAAAUUGUAUUCUGAAAGUUUGAUAUAAAUUGAUAAAUUAAAUUAAGAUAAAUUAAAUUUACUUUAACGAAUAAAUGUAAUAAACAUUAGAUUGAUAAUUUCUAGACUAAUAAAAUAAAAGAAUGAAUAAUCUUAUAAAUCAAAAUUACCAUUUGAUUAAUUACUAUUAUGUGAAUCAUAUAUUAAAGAAACAGUAGAAAUUAUGAUGAAUAUUUUUGGAUGUUAAUUAUAGUUUUGGAAUUACUUAUUAAAUGAAAAAAUUAAAUUAGUUGAUGAACUAUCUCUUUUAAAUUAAAUAAGUUAAUUAAUUAAAAAAUUUUAAAGAUUAGAGAAAUUGAUAUUAAGUUUACAUUAUAAUCACAAAGUUCCAAUUAGAAAUAAAUAAUGGUUUAAUUAUUUUUUCUUUAAAUUAUUUAUAUUAAAUAAAAAGUUAAAAUUACAAGAGUUAGAAAUAUUACCUGAUUAUUAAAUUAAUUUAGAAUAAAUUUUAAAGGAUGAUUAGAUAGAUGAAAAAUCAUCUGAUGAAGAACCAAUCAAUUAUUAUUAAUAAAAGUUUUUAAUCUCUGGCAAUACUUUUGUAAUUUAAAUUAACUAAGCUGGUAUUAUUAAGAAUUGUACAAAUAAUACAUUUUCAAUAUUAAAUUACACAAGAUAAGCUUUAGUAAAUAGUUCUGCUUCUAUUUUAAUGCCACAAAUGUUUAAAUAGUAUCACUCCUAAUAUAUCAAUCAUUUUUAAUAAACUGGACAAUCUUUUAAUUUAUACAAAAGAAAGAAGGCAUUCUGUAUGCAUGAUUCAGGUCAUAUUGUAAUUGUUUAUAAGUAUUUGAAGUAUAUUUAUAAUUAUAUUUCAAAUUAAAUUGAAUAUAUAGCCAUGUUUAGAUAAAUUUAAACUAAAUAAGAAUAUUUAUUAUUAAAUGAAGAUUGGGAAGUAGACUCUUGUACUUAAUUAUUAUAAGAUAUUAUAGGAAUAAAGUCUUUAAGUUUAUUUAUAUUGGCUCCUAAAACAAUUGUUUAUUCUUAAUAUGAGAAAUUUUUGACUAAGGAGAAUAAAGAAUUUUUUAGUUUAAAUGCUCCAAAUUUAGAAAAGAAUUUAUCUCGUCUAUUUUACACAUAACAUUCUUCUCCUAUGGUUAGAGGUUCUUUAACUUCAAGCAAUGGAUAAAUAUCUAUCUUAUAAAAUUAAGUGGAAAUGAAAAAGAGUUUUCAAAAUUUUUUAAAUUAAGAUGAUGUUAUUAAUAUUGAGGAUUAACAAAAGUCAAAAGUAAAAUAAGUUUUGUUCAAUUUAAGAGUUCCUAAAUAAAAGUAUGAAUUAGUUUAAGAAUUUUAAUCAAAAUUAUCUGAAUCUUAUAAGUAAGCAAUAUAUGCAGAACCUUUUCGAAAAAAAUUAAUAGUAAAAAAUGAAUCUGGAAAAUUUAAAAUAGUAAGAAGUGAAUUUAUAAGGAGAUGUAAAGUUUAUUAAGAAAUUAUUAGGAAAGAGAAAUUUCAAAUAAUAAGUAUGUUAAUUAUAUUAAAAAUAGAGGAACUUUUUUAAAAGUAUACAUAAUCUGAAGAUUGUGUUGAUAAGAUAUUAAGAAUAGAGGGGACAUUAAAAUUAGAAAAGACUUCACAAUCUAAUAAAUAUAUUUUAAUUAAAAUAGUAAGGACUGAAUUGAUUGAAGAAAAUCCUUUACCUUAGAGAUAGAAUAGUUGUUUUACUUUAUCAUUUUAAGCACCUUAAAUGAUAUCUUCGGUAUAGUAUUGAAUCUAUCUUAAGUAGCCAACUAAAAGAACAUCUGUUACACAACAAAGUCCUAGAAAUUUAUGUAUUACAAUUAAUGGUAUUUUUUUGGUAAUAAAUAGGAGAUUAAUUUGAUUUAUAUUCAAAUAGAGAGUCUAUGGGAAAAGUAUUAUUACAAGAAAUGUAAGUUAAUUAAGACUUUGAUUAAAAUGAUCAGUAUAAAAAUAUCAAUUUUAUCACUUGUAAUAGUGAUUUUUUAAAGGAGGAUACAAAUAAAAUAGAAAAAGAUAAUCCAUCAAUUGUUUAAUAUGAAUAUAUUAGUAGAUUCAUAUUUAUUUUGCAAAUUUUGAUAGUAUUUUUAAGUUUCUUUAUGACUUCAUUUAUUUACAACACAAGUACAUUAGAAGAAUCAGUAAUUAAUAAUUAAUAUAUAUUUAGAUAAUCUUAGUUGAUUAUCUUUUUCAUUAUUAAAUAAUAGUAGCAGAAUCUUAUAAUGCUUAAAUAGAUGUAGAAUUGUUUAAUAGAAAUUACACUUAUUCAGAUUUAAUAAAGGGAGAUUUGAUUGGAUAUUAAUCAAAAGAGGAAUUUUAUGAAUAUAAUUAAAAGAUAACUUAAAAAUGUGGUGAUUACAUGUAUUAUGUUUUUUGGGAACCAAAUUUUUUGAAAAUGUUGUAUGAGAAUUUUCAUAGUAACUCUAAUGAAAGUGGAUUAGAUAUUCAAACAGUUUAUUAAGCUAAUGUUUAUCUAUUAAAUAUGCUUUCAUCUUCAGAGUUUAAAGAAGAUUUUGGAAUUGCAGAAACAUUUCGUUUAUAUAUGGUAUAUAAUAAUUAAUAUAAGUUAGCUACCACAAUUUUAAUAAGUUUAAGCAAGUUCAAUUAAUCAUUUAUUAAAUUAAGGUUUAGGAUUUUAAGAAAUUUCUAAUUCAAAUUUCAUACUAUUUCUAAUAUUAUAGACUAUAUUAUAAUUAGCAAGUUUAUUGUAUUUAAUAAGAUUCCAAUUUUAAAUAUAGAAACAAUAUAAUGUAUAAAUUUAUUUAAUUUUUUUCAAGGUCUUAUUUAGAGUUUAGGCUAUAAUACCUUUUAAAGAGAAGAUUGCUAUCAUCAACAAAAUCAACACAACCAUAAAUUAGUUUUGUUAUGUAACAAAUUAUGAAUGUAAAUUAUAAUAAUUAGUAUUUUUAAAGAUGGAAACAUAUAAUAAUUUAUAUCGAUGAAUAAAAAUAGCCCUUUGAGUAAAGCAAUAUCUAAGAGAGAAAGCACUAGUAAAACAGUUUUUGAUAAAAAGAUAUUGGAUACAGAAAAAUAUAUUGAAUAAAUAGAGAAUAAGACAAAAAUCAAGUUUGAAUAGGUAUCACUUCUAUUCAGUUUGAAAGUAAUGUGAUUUUUAAUAUUACUAGAAAAUAGUUGUCAAAAUAAUAGUGAAUUUAUUGUUAAUAGCAUUAAUAAGUAUUGCUGGAGUUGUCACAAUUUAUUUUACAAUUAAUAAUAUAGAAUUAUUUAAUAAGAAUUAAUUUAUGUUUAAUAGUUAAAAUGCUUGGAUAUUACCAGCUUUAAAAGAAAUUUAUACUAGCUAAUAAUAUAAAGAAUAUUCUUUCAAUGAUACAAAUGCUUUUAUAAUACUUCAAGCUUAUUUUAAUUAAAUAUCAUCUGAAUUUCCAGUAUAUUAUCAAUCUGAUAUUGAUGAAAUAAUCUAUUUUUUUGAUAAUAAUAUUUGUGAUGGGGACAGUAUUAAUUUAAUAUAUCAUCUUAAGCUUAAAUAAAUAUUGAUUAAUGUGCACUUAGUAUAAAUGGAGGAUUAACUAGAGGAAUCAGAGAAUAUGAUUAUUUACUUUCUUAGGUAGCACUUAAAUUGUUAAUCCCAAAUGAUGAUAGAUAUGAAAAUAUUACAUAUUCAACUAUAUAUGAAUUUAAUAAGGUAUUAGUAUUAUUAUAAUUUAGCUAUAUUAUUUUGUUUUUGAUCAUUACAUUCUUGCAAAGGAUAUAUGGGUUUAAGUCUCGAAAACAACUUUAGAAAAACAUGAUUAAGUAAGCCUAAUAUUAUUGUAAAUUAUAAUAAAAAAUAUGAUAGAAUAACUGUUAUAAUAGGAAUUUGUCUUUAUUUUAUAAUAUUUAAUGAAAUUGGAUAUGUAUUGAUUAAAAAGAAAGAGUACAAAUUUAUAAAAAUGUUUUAUAAAUCAUUUAUGCCAAAUGUCUCAAUUAAUUAGUAAAAACGAUUAAGAGUUGAAUUAAUCAAAGCAAGAUUCAUAAGAAAAUGA